AUGGAAUGCAACCCUGAGCCACAGAUGAAAUGUGUAAAUUCUUCUAAGUUGAAUCCAGAGCCAAAAUUACAAUGUGCAAAUUUUAUGGGGUGCAAACCUGGGCCACCUUUGCAAGGUGUACAAUCCUUUGAAUUGACUUCAGGGACAAAAUGUCAAGGUCCAAGAUCUCAGGUGAAUCUGGGGUCCAAGAGUCAAACUGAGACAUCUAUGGUGUUCAGCGCUGAACCACAUUUACAAGAUUUGAAAUCCAAAUUGAUUCCAGGAUCAAAGUUUCUUGCUGUAGCACCUAUGGAGUGCAACCCUGGUCCACAGGUGAAGUGUGUAAAUUCUUUGGAGUUGGAUCCAGAGCCAAAAGUACAAUGUGCUAAUUCUAUGGGGUAUGAACUUGGGCCACCUCUGCAAGGUAUACAAUCUUUUGAGUUGACUUCAGGGGUUAAAUGUCAAGGUAUGGGAUCUUUUGAUUUGAAUCUGGGGUCAGAAGUUCUAGGUAUAAAAUCUCUUAUGUUCGGCCCUGUGCAACAUUUACAAAAUGUGAAACGUGAAUUGAGUCCAGGGACAAAGUUUCAAGGUAUAACAUCACAAGAAUUAAACUGUGCCCCGCAGCUGCAAGGUGUGAAUUCUUCUGAUUUGAAUUUUGGGUCAGAACUUCAAUGCAUAAAUGCUAUAAAGUUUAAUCCAGACCCACAGAUGCAAGGCAUGAAACCCUCUGACUUGAAUCCUACGUCACAAUAUCAAGGUACAAAAUCUAUUCUGUUCAAUCCUGGACCACAUUUGCAAGGUGUAAAAUCUUCUGAGUUAAUCCCAGGGGCAAAGUUUCCAGAAAUCCAGUUUUUGGAGAAUCACUUUGGGUCACAGCAACAAGCUGUGCACUCAGUGUUCACUGUAGGCUCUUCGCUGAAUGGUAUGAAAUCUGUGUUAUUUUUACCAAAGCCACUGCUUGAAGAUGUAAAGUCUGUGAAGACGAACAAAGAGCCAGUGUCUUGUGGUGGAAAUUCUGUGAAACUGGCUUCUGGCUCUGAGCUGCAGGACUUGAAAUGUGAGAUGUUUGCACUAGAGCCAUAUUUUACAAAAGUGAAAUCUGUGGAGUUAAAUCCAGGGCCGCAUCCUCAAGGUAUGAAUUCUGGGGAGUUGCCUCACACCUCAGGCAGCACAGUGAGAGAUCUGUGGUGUUUGCACCAAAGUUGUGUUUUCAAGAUGUGA